AUGAGUGCAAACAUGAGUAAUAAGAACGAGGAGACGGUGUUUAAGAACGGCGAUGGUGGCUAUCCCGACGAAGAGCUCCCACCACAGAAGCCGAAGAGGCGUCAGUCGGUUCUCUCCAAGGCCAUUACCGAGCACAAUGAAGACGACGUUGAUGAAGUGCCAAUUCUACCGCCAUCAAAUGGCCUGACGAGUGCUGAAGCCGAAGAGUUACUUGCCAAAUUUGGCCGCAACGAGCUCCCUGAGAAGACGACACCUGGCUGGCUGAUAUUUGUGCGUAACUUGUGGGGUCCCAUGCCCUUUGCGCUGUGGGUCGCCAUCAUUAUUGAAUUCGCGCUGGAGAACUGGCCCGAUGGUGCCAUUCUUCUUGUCAUCCAGCUAGCCAACGCCACGAUUGGGUGGUACGAGACAAUCAAGGCGGGUGACGCCGUGGCUGCGCUGAAGAACUCGCUGAAGCCCGUGGCGACCGUCUUCCGUGACGGGAAGUGGCAACAGCUGGAUGCCCGCCUACUGGUGCCUGGCGAUCUUGUGAAGCUUGCAUCCGGCUCCGCGGUCCCUGCUGACUGCAGCAUCAACGAGGGUGUGAUCGAGGUGGACGAGGCGGCCCUUACGGGUGAGUCGCUUCCUGUGACGAUGGGAACGGAUCACAUGCCAAAGAUG